AGUAGAAAGCGAGUUCGAAAGACAAAAAGGGUUUUUGCACGAAACCCUUCUUUCGUUUCAAAUUAGGGACUCCAUACGCUUUCGUCCUACACAAAAUCAUCAAUUCUAGCGAAAGGACUUUCAUCUGAAAAUUUCUAAGAAUGGAUGUGAUUAAGUCACAGCAGUUGUCAGCACGGCCGAUCGAGAAGGUGGUCGUACACCCUUUAGUACUCCUUAGCAUCGUCGACAACUACUAUAGAGUCGCAAAAGACACUCGCAAACGUGUCGUUGGUGUUCUCCUCGGUAGUUCCUUCAAAGGCACCGUCGACGUCACAAACAGCUACGCAGUGCCUUUUGAGGAAGAUGAAAAGGAUCCGAGCAUUUGGUUUCUUGAUCACAACUAUCAUGAGGCCAUGUUCUCCAUGUUCAAGAGAAUCAACGCUAAGGAGCAUGUGGUAGGAUGGUAUAGCACUGGUCCAAAGCUAAGGGAAAAUGAUCUUGAUGUUCAUGGUUUAUUUAACGACUACGUCCCAAAUCCUGUAUUGGUGAUUAUAGAUGUCCAACCAAAGGAAUUGGGAAUACCCACUAAAGCAUACUAUGCUAUUGAAGAGGUUAAAGAGAAUGCCACUCAGAAAAGCCAGAAGGUUUUUGUUCAUGUGCCCUCAGAAAUUGCUGCUCAUGAAGUGGAAGAAAUUGGAGUGGAGCACUUGCUUAGAGAUGUGAAGGAUACAACUAUCAGCACCCUUGCAACAGAGGUAACUGGAAAGUUGGCAGCUUUGAAGGGUUUAGAUGCAAGACUGAAGGAGAUACGUGGAUAUCUGGAUCUUGUUAUUGAUGGAAAGCUUCCAUUAAAUCACGAAAUUUUGUAUCAUCUACAGGAUGUGUUUAACCUUCUACCAAAUCUGAAUGUUGCUGAUUUGAUAAAGGCAUUUGCAGUGAAAACAAAUGAUCAGAUGCUUGUUAUCUACCUUUCUUCUUUGAUCAGAAGUGUUAUAGCCCUUCACAACUUGAUCAAUAACAAGAUGCUUAACAAAGAACAUGAGAAAGCUGAGGAUGCAAAACCAACAGCAGUUCCACCUGUUGCUGGGAGCUAAGAAUUGUGGAUUAAUCAGAGAAAGAAAGCAAGACUUCCAUAAUUGAUGGUGAUUUAGUCGCUAAUUUCAUUAUGAUAUUUUUGUAUCGUUGCUGGAUAUUUGUUACCCCUUUUUUUAAUGGACAAUAUGUUGGGUUUUUUAUUUUUA